AUGGCCUCCCAGAGCGUGCAAUGCUUCGGCAAGAAGAAGACCGCGACUGCUGUCGCCCACUGCAAGGCCGGAAAGGGUCUCGUCAAGGUUAACGGAAAGCCUCUUUCCCUCGUCCAGCCCGAGAUCUUGCGAUUCAAGGUCUACGAGCCCAUCCUCAUCCUCGGUGUUGACAAGUUCGCCGACGUCGACAUCCGCGUCCGCGUCUCCGGUGGUGGUCACACCUCGCAAGUCUACGCCAUCCGCCAAGCCAUCGCCAAAUCCAUCAUCGCCUACUACCAAAAGUACGUCGACGAGCACUCGAAGAACCAGCUCAAGCAGGCCCUGAUCCAGUACGACCGCACACUGCUCGUUGCCGACAACAGGCGGUGCGAGCCCAAGAAGUUCGGUGGUCCAGGUGCGCGCGCCAGGUACCAGAAGUCUUACCGUUAA